AAUUACAAAUUUAAAUAACAAAAUGGAAACCUCCAGUGAUUUUCAAGUGUCUGAACUAAUAAAUGUUGGUAAUUUUAUUAAUGAAUGGGAUGACACGGCCCGUUCAUGUUGUCAGAAACUUGUAGAAGGGACGAAUCAACAGUAUGCACUGGCUAGAAGAAUGAACAUAACAGAAGAAACGGUAGACGAAUUGACAGAUGUUUGCAGUGUUGAUGCUUUAUUGACAGGGAAGGAACCACAGAAGGAAACUCUUUACAAACAGAUUCCUGAAGAUCUGGAUCUCUACUGUACAAGGUUUCAAAAAUAUGAACUGGAAAGGCGGAAAGAUUUUGGAUACAAACAGAUGGUUGCAAGGAACAUGAAGUACAGCUUGUCUGAAAAUAUAAAGUGCUCCGAUCACAGGCAGGAAGUGAUGACAAAAACUAAAUCACCCGUGCUGUGUCCCAACAUUGUCCUAACUGUUUGUGUUCACAGACCGUACAUUCCAGGACCUUACUCAAAACUGAGACAGGAUGACACAUUCCUGGUUCUAGGAACACAGAAGCUGACCGAGCUACGGGACGUGGUCACGUGUGUCAGUGACCUGUCUGUGGCGGGCGAUUUCAGCGACAAUCCGGAUUUGACCGCCAUCAGCAGUGCUAAGGAUAUUUUCAAGUCGGGCUUCUUUUUCAUGGAAGGAAUUUUUUAUGAUGAUAUGCGGGAUCCACUGAAUAUAAGAUACAGCAAAGAGAUUAUUGAGUGGGCAAGUGAACCGUCCCAUGGACAGAACACUUACGUAGCUAAAAACAUGGAAGAUACGCGGUUCUCCGAUCUCACUGUACGACUCGGACAGCCGUAUCUCUACAUGCAUCAGGGCAACUGUGAACACAUCAUCAUAAUUAGCGAUAUACGAUUACUGCACUCGUCAGACCCUCAUGAACUCCAGAGCUACCCAUUUAAAGUGCUGAACAAUCGCACGCGUAGAACAGUGUGUAGAGCAUGCAUGACAGGAACAGCAAGAUGGAUGGUUGAAAAAAGCCAUUUAACACCAGACAGCCCAAACUUUUUGUGUAACGUCUGCUUCAAAAUGCUGCUUUAUGACAAGAACAACAAAAAGAUUGGAAACUUUGAAGCAAAAAAGUUCUUUGACAGUGCAGUAAAAUAAGAAAUGUUGUGUGAAGUUGAAACUAAUUCUCAACAUAACAAAGACAACUUUGUUGAAGAAUGAUCUGACCACAUGACCGUAGAUCAGUGGAGGUCCAUGGUCUUCACACCUGCCUACCCAGGUGAUUCGGGAAACAGAAAAGAAUUGCUUUUCUAAAGACAGAGUGAAUCUUUAAAAAGUAUCGAGUUUUCUCAGAGGGCAGAAGGAACAUGAUUGGUGUUUAUACAGGAAUGGAAAUAAAUGUACUUGAAACAGCUGUCAUUAAAAAGUGGUUAAUGUUCCACCCAUUGCAAUAUAGAAAGCAUUUACAGUUGGCCCACAAUCUUCUACUACAGCAGUCUUAUUUUCCAGGAUGAAAUGCACUUUUUUAAAAGUUCUUACGGGUUUUUUAAAAUAUGCAUGCCGGUGUUUGAAUUGUCAUGUGACCUGUUUACCUUACUUGUCUGGGGCACAUCUUUCUUAUUCAUUCAUAUAGAAUCAUCAAACCUUGCAUGGAAAUAUUACUUGGGAAGGUGGUGUGUUUACAAAUUAGUGCAUAUUAAAGAAAAUAAUUGUCCAGGCCAUAUUUUCCUUAUUAAUAAACUGGUUUUGUGUACC